CUUUUUGGUGGACUUUGUCGAGUCGGCGCCUCGCCUUCUGAGAGUUGACAUCAAAGAGAUGGACUUCGAAGUCUUCGAAGUUCCUUUCCAACGUGUGGAAGCUGAACAUCACCGGGCUGGGUCUGUCCCUUUGCGUUCGCUCAGCUUUUUCUAGAGCGAACGUGCUGCAUGCGGGUUCGCAUUUUGAUUUUUGAAACAGUUUUGGACCUUGUUUUGUACCUUGUUUUGGACCUGGUAGAGGCGGCUUGUUUUGGGCCUUGUGGUUGUGCGGAGGUUGACGGGAGCAUUACGGAAGAGGAGGUAGUUUUGCUCCAGUCUGAAGCCAGGGCUGAGGGAAAGCUUCGGCAGUCCUUCUCCCGGCAACUCCCCGAGCUUGGCCGUUCACUACUAAAACGGGCGGCGUUUCGUCAGGCUCCGGUGGCGACUUGUUGCGACACUAGUUGCCAGCUAUUCACAAACAGGAACAUACUUACUUAGUAUGACAAACAGUUACGCGCUCGCCUGAAGAGGCGAGCACACAAUUGAUUUUUGAAACAGAGACAAUUGCGAUUUUUCUUGAAACAAGGACAAUAAAAUAUUCUUGCAAUUGUCAAGAGUAUUUUGAUACUGAAACCAAGGACGAUUGCGAGCCCCGGCUGGCCUUCCCUCUGGUAACUCCCCGUGACUGUUGGUUCACAGCUAAAACUAGCAGUGUUUCUUCAGUUCACGAUGGCGACCGGUUGAGACACUGGUCGUCAACUGCUUACACUCAAGAACAUAGAUAGCAAGGUAAACUGGUACUCGCUCGCCCGAAGAAGCAAGCGAGCGCACAAUUGAUUUUUUGAAACACAAACAUUCACCGUCACCCUAUGUUUUUGAGGAAUUUUUUUUUCCCCAAAAAAAAAGAAUUUAUCGAUAGACAGAGGCAGAGUUGUGGUUGAUCUUUACACCAAGCGUAGUUGUUGUAGUUUGUAGAAACCGUGCACCAGUACUAGCAGAAACUUUUCCAAGUGUAUGAUGAAUGGUAAAACUGAAAGCCGUGUAUAAUGAAAACCAACCGAAAGGCGUGUGUGGUGAUGUUGAUGUAGACUCUUCAAGGAACAGAGGAGAGACUAAACAGAAUGCGAACCCACUCUAUAUUUUGGAACAAAUUGCAGGAUUAAGUGAAAAAAUAAAAAAAAAAAGAAUGUAUGAGCGCCUAGGUGAUAUGUAGUGAGGUCAACACCGCAAAUUGAAAUGAGAGAAUAAAGCGCGCAGCGGUGAUAAUUGCCGAACUGCUACGACGGAAUCGACACGGAUAUUUUGUAUAAGAACCAGUGACGAGUAGUACCAAACUAAUGAGUCACCAGAAAUCGAAUUUCAAAUUGCUCUAGAAAUGCAACCAACUACGACUCUCAACGACCUCUCUGCUCUCUGGAGUGC